AUGGCCACCCCUCGCGUCCGCUCCGCCAACGCAGCGAGCAUGGACACGCUCGCACCCCACCUGCCGCGCACCAUCGCAACAUCGUCCGGAAACGCGACACUCUCCCUCCUCACUGCCGCAUCUCUACCUCCACACACCCGUGACACCUUGUACUCGCUCUUCGACGCCAACAUUGGCCCCCUGGCUAAGGGAACCUCGAUGGAGCAUGAGGAGCAAGCCAAGCGCGAGGAAAUGUUCGACCCCGACGCGCGGUUCUUGCUCUUGUCCAGGACGGCCAUGCCGGGAACUCUGAGGGAACAGGGGCAAGUUGAAGAGGGAGAGCUGUUGGGCUUUGUGAGCUUUCGAUUCGACACAGAGGAGACGAUGGGCACUAGGGACGUCGAGGUGGUUUACUGUUACGAGCUCCAGCUUUCCCCAUCGGCUCGGGGAGCCGGUCUGGGGCGUCACCUCAUGACCGAGCUCGAGGGCAUUGGAAAGAGCAGGGGCAUGAAGAAGUCAAUGUUGACCUGUCUGGCUGGCAACGCACCGGCCCUCGCAUUCUACGCCAAAGUCGGCUACACGCCUGACGAGAUUGACCCGACCCUCAUCGCCGAAGAGGAUGGGUGGGAGGACGUUGACGAGAAUGGCGAGGACAGCAAGCCCGAUUACCGAAUCCUCUCCAGAGUUCUCUAA